CAGGUGUGAAGAAAUAGGGACAAGCCCGCUUCUAUCUCACUCUCACUCCCUUUAUAUAUAAGAUCCCCUUAACAUAGUGUCGCACUUUCAACGAGAUAUCAUCAUCUUCAUCAUCAUCAGCAUGGAGAACAAAAGGCAAGGAAAGAGGAAAAUCCACCCAUUUAUUAGCAUUGGCAGCGAAGGUGGCAUUGCGGGCCUUCUUGUCUUCGGUGGAGCAUUGGCCUUCGCAGGUUUCAUGGCCGUUGCUUCCUUUGCAAGCAACAAACGUAAGCCAAAGGAUCACCAACCUAAACCCCAACAAUUGUUGUUGGAAGAUCAUCACAUUGACACCACUCAAACCCUCACCUCUCUUAUUCAAGAUUCAACAAUCCCACAUGGGGAUGCCACAUGCUGUUGGACACCGAAUAUCAGCGUCAAUCAAGAAGAGAAAAGUGAGCUUAAAGAAACAAGUGUUGAGGAGAACCCAACCCAAGAAAUUGUGUUUUCUGACUAUUCGCACCCAGAAAGUGCGGCGUCGUCCAACGAAAGUGGGGUUGCGGAAGCACAAGAGGUGGAAAAGGAUGAAGAGCCUCAACAUGACAUAACAUCCUCGGAAACUGAGGACGAAAAGGAUGAUGUUGAUGAUGUUUCAGAGAAAGCGACAGGGACUACCACCCUGGAUCACAAGGAGGAGCCAGUCUGGCCUGCAAAGCAUACCCAUGUUUGCACUGACUCUGAUGUGGAUGAUUCCGACUGCGACGAUGCAAAAAAAGCAACUAUGUGCCAAAAUCUAAACGUCCUUAUGGUGUCCAAUUAUCAACCAUUAACCUGGCUUUUUCCCUUCCUGUUGCUGGCGCUGCUCUUGCUCUUAGUUCUACUCACGCAUCGUCCACAAGAAUCAUUUUAUGUCCUAGAUGAGGCUAAUUCAGUAGUCAACCGAAUUUAGAGGAUCGAUUUUUUUUCUUUUUCCCCAAAUGAGUUUGGAAAUGGAUAUUGCUAUUCUCGCGUUUAUUGAAUCAUAUGGUCUGUGGCUUAUGAUAAAUGGAGACAACAAUGU